CAUUUGAGCCGGUGGCUUCCCUCUCCACCUCACCUGCCCACCACGCCAACUCACCUCGUCGCCGCCGCUUCCUACCUUACUCUCUACAUUUGCUCAACCCUCUCCAACCAGCGACGACCUCAACGCGCCACUUCCCGCCCGUCAAGGGCAGCAGGGCCAGAGCAGCCGCGCAUCGCAGAGCACGCUUGACUCCUGUCGCGCCGCGUGCCUCAGCCUUGGUACCUCAGGUGCUCCGACGGCGCUGCCUCCGUCGCUCGCGUUCUGCCGCGCUGACCGACAACAAACGCCUGACCGCUCCCCAACCGCGCAACGUCACAAAGCUGGCGUCCCAUCGAGCAUACGCUCCUCCAUCUUUGGGCGUCGACCUCGCCGCCCGGCCUGGACAUCAUGGACCCCUCGCACAACGAGGGCGCGCCUGGUGGCCAUCGACCCAGCGAGGCAUCGGAUGUCACGUCACCCACGGACACCCGCUUCCCCAACCCACAGUCUGAGCCUUCUGCUCGCCGUGAUUCCGAGGGCCUCUCCGAGAGCUAUCAGUCCACCGACACCGUGCGACGGCGAUCCGAAGCCACCGGCUAUGGAUCCAUACAGUCUUCGGCCACGGCCAGCGCCACGCGGAGCCCUGCCGACUCGUCACAGCAACGCACCUUUGCAUCGCAAACCCGGCCCGGCGCGCCCUUGUCGGGCGACCGCGUCAAGUCGCUGACGCGACUACGAAAGCCGCAGCUGAGUCGACGCACCUCGUCCAACACACCGCACCGCGGCGAAGUGUUCUCGGCCGACGACGACACGCACGAAGUAGAGGCGGAUGCCGCAGUCAAUCGCUCCCGGCGCCGACCACCGCCGCCGCCAAGCAGUUUGCCUCGCUUGCAGUCAUAUCGUGGCGACGACGAAGAGGGCGACGCAGAACAGCGAGGCGUGCCAACCACGACCGCCGAAGAAGACGAGGACGAGAGCCGCGACCACCACGAUGAAGAACUCCCCCUGGAGGAGCACGUUGACUGCGAUUCGGACGGCGACAUCAGUGAAGCCGAGAGCUUUACCCUCAAAGAUAGACAGCAGGCAAUUAACCAGACACAUCCAUUCGGCAUUCGAGUGUGGAAGCCUGCUCUGUACAAGAAGGAUCGAUCAAUUCAGAAGUUCGCACAGGCAGAUAUUCACUCGACACCCGGCGGUCACGUGAGCAGUUGGCUACUUCUGUUCAACCUGCUAUGGACGCUGUGCUUUGGCUGGUGGAUGGCCUGUCUUGCGGCGUUCGGCGCCAUCUUUUGCCUCUUAUUCGCUGCCGCUGCGAGUGGUAGAGAGUACGGCAGGGUCCUCUGGGGCCUAGCCGGCUAUCUCUUCUAUCCUUUUGGCAAGUUCGUCCGGCUCGAAAAGGACGAGGCCUAUAUCGACGAGGAUGGCGACGAAGGCCGCAGCAUUUCCGAGUACGAGCAGUGGCAAAGCGGCGACCUCGAAGUCGGACGACUCUUUUUCGGCCCUCCGGACCGCAACCGAUCCAUUGUUGGCCGCUCUCGGCGCAGCAUCGAUUCGGACCCCAGUGAGACGGACAGCCUCUUGGGGCGCGGACGACGAGGAGAGUCUGGGGAUGGGCAACCUCGCCUGAAGCGAAGGCUGUUCGGUCGUGGCGAGUGGAAUAUCGGCCGGGUCAUCUUCUUCACCUUCUUCUACUGCCUCAUUUCGCCAUCACUGAUUGCCGUCUCGGCCGUCUGCUGGUUCUUGGUAUUCACCAUUCCCAUGGGAAAGGUCACGAUCCUCUUGUUCGAUCACCUAAGGCGGCAUCCGCUGGCGCUCUCCUUUGAGUCUCACGUCAAGUACACGCGCGAUAAUGACGCCCCGGACUCGUCGAUCCUGCUCUGCACCUACCGUGCGGUGGGAUCCAAGUACUGGAAGUAUACCAUUGACGGCACCAACAUCUUCCUUAUCAACCUGAUGGCUGUAGUCAUGUUUGUCAUCUUCGACUGGCUUGUGCUGCAGCGCGUCCUCCACCUGGACAACUUAAUCACCUCCCCGGCGUUUCUCUUCACAGCCGGACUGCUGUCCAUUAUACCCCUGGCAUACUUCAUUGGCCAGGCAGUGGCAUCUAUUUCGGCUCAGUCCUCCAUGGGUCUUGGUGCCGCCAUCAACGCCUUCUUCGCCACUGUGGUCGAGGUGUUCCUCUAUUGCGUCGCGCUCAGCCAAGGAAAGGGUCAGCUCGUUGAGGGCAGCAUCGUCGGCAGCAUCUUUGCUGGCAUCUUGUUUCUGCCCGGCAUUUCGAUGUGUUUCGGUGCGAUUAAGAGGAAGACGCAGCGCUUCAACGCCAGGUCUGCAGGUGUGACGUCUACGAUGCUUCUCUUUGCCACAGUAGGUGCAUUUGGCCCGACUCUGUUUUACCAGAUUUACGGCACCCACGAGCUCAACUGCCUCGAUUGCGAAGACGGCCCCGGCGGCUCGAAUAGCCAGGGAGACUCGCGUGACUGUCGUCGCUGCUACUUUUCCCAGACGCCGGCGCUCGAUGACCGCUUCUACCUCGAAGCAGUCCGUCCAUACUGCUACCUCGCCGCCUUUAUGCUUUUCUUCGCGUACCUAAUCGGUCUUUGGUUUACACUCAGAACCCACGCAGCCGUCAUCUGGAACGCCGAGAUUGAGGAAAAGAAGCACGAGGAGCAGCUCCAUGCUUCGCUCCUGAGAGCCUCGCAACCCUCAGCCGCAGAGACGACAGGCACGGAUAUUCGCGACUCCCACCUGUACAAGCGCAUCCUGGGCCAGUCUCUCAAGCAGGUCGGGCUGCAGCCAAAUGACGACGCCUCUCGCCAAGGUUCGGUUGCGAACCAGGACGCCGCGCCAAAUGGCAUGUCCUCUACUCCGCAUGUGGUACCUCCGAAGACAAACGACUCGGUUCGCUCGGGCAUUCAUGUUCCUGGCCUGAGUCACGCCGACAACACUGUCCUCGCCCGAGAAGUGGCGGAGAUCGCCGCGGCCGCCGCCACCAUUGCCUCACGGGACCGGUUGGCAGCGGUGCGCAAAGUAUCAGCCAUUUCGGGCUCGGCCGGAGGCACGACCAGACACGCACCCCGCGCGGCGGCGUUCCCGGAUGGCGGGGACCCGGCCGUCGCCGUCGCAGAGACGGCAACGGCUCACGCGGGCGGUCAUGGCCAUGACGCGCCGAACUGGGGCCGAACAAAGAGCUCCGUUAUCCUUCUGGGUGCGACCAUUUUGUACGCCGUGAUUGCCGAGAUCUUGGUCGACACCGUGGACGUUGUUCUGGAGAGCUUUGCGAUUGAUCAAAAGUUCCUUGGUAUUACGUUGUUUGCUCUGGUUCCCAACACGACCGAGUUCCUGAACGCCAUUUCUUUCGCCAUGAACGGCAACAUCGCCCUGUCCAUGGAGAUUGGCUCCGCCUACGCGCUGCAAGUGUGUAUGCUGCAGAUUCCGUGCCUGGUGCUCUUCUCUGCCGUCUACCCCAACAUCCCUGAGGGUGGCGAGCCGGGCAUGUACACGUUCUCCCUGCUGUUCCCGCAGUGGGACAUGGUGACGGUGAUACUGUGCGUGUUUCUGCUCAGCUACGUGUACGGCGAGGGCAAGAGCAACUACUUCAAGGGCAGCAUUCUGAUGCUGACGUAUCUGGUGGUGGUGAUUGGGUACUUUUUUAGCGGCUACACGUCGGACGUGAUGGGCCUGGAGCGCUUCGAUGUGAUGGGCUCGAACGGCCAGUACCAGAGCUACAAGACGAUUGGGAGAUCGACGAGGGGACAGGCGUUCCGGGCCUAAUGGGGUGGUGUAUGGGCGGUAUUAAUCGAUAAAGGGUUGUAUUCUGGCGGAGAAAAAAUAGGUACCAAGGUGUAGGCGGGCGCAGAAAGAAGGCGCUGGGGGCUUCCCUUGCUGUAUUUCCAUUGGCAGACCAUGCCCAAAGACAGGGUGAUUGACUAGCAUUUGCGGCACGUCAAAAGGUGGAUCACCUUCCUGCUCAUUGCUUGGGUUGGUAUCGUGGGGUGUGUGUGGAGGAGUGUAUGAGCACAACGGCUGCGAACAACACAAGCGUGCAGAUUGGGACCGGGGGUGCGUUGAAAGGCGCCCGUGUGGCACUGACAGCCCCGUUGGGGAGGUUUCCAAAUUUGGCGUUGCAG